AUGCCCCGGUAUCCUGGAAAACGAAAGUCCGAUGCAGUCACCUCGGAUACGAAUAGCCACGAUAAUGGGGACUUUCGUGCAUCUAAGAUCAGUCGGACCACUGUACCUGAUCUACCAGUGACCACUCCUGGUCAAAGACUUGGUGAAACUGCCGACUACAUCCCGCUUGAGAGAGCCGAUUACAUCCCACUGACCCAGGUCUCUGGAGCUGAUGAGGAUGAUGCUCAGGCCGAAGAUCUCGUCCAGGGAACUCAAGGUGCGGAUGAAUCUUCAGUUUCCAGCGCGACACUUUACGGAAGAAUUGAGGGGAAGAUUGUGGGAGUCCGCUAUUACAGAGGAUAUGCUACUCCUGGUGAACAUGUUGUGUUGAAAAGAGAGCCCACAAAUCAAUACGAUCGCAAUGCGAUUCGUGUCGAUAAUGUCAUGGGCGCCCAAAUUGGACACAUUCCACGAAACCUGGCUGCAAAGUUGGCACCUUACAUGGAUUCUCAUGACCUCUCUGUGGAAGGUGUUCUAACGGGCAGGAUUGGAGCGUUCGACUGCCCCGUGCAGCUGAGACUUUAUGGCACGAAUGAUCCCGCUUUGAAAGAUAACUUGAAGAAGCGAAUGCAGCAGGAUAAACUACCAGUGAAAGAGUUCAUUGAAGCAGAGCGGGAGCAACGGCGGCAGGAGAAGGAGCGCGAACAAGAACGCAAGGCGGCUGAGAAGAACGCGCGUGCUAUGGCUCUCGGUAAAGCUGCCCAGCAAUGGCAGCAGAAUGAGGAUCCGACGUAUGCAAACCUUUCAUCCGCAACCGGGCUGGGCGAAAACGAGAGUUUGGAGGAACUCCUUCAACAGAGCAGCUAUUUCAAUCCCCGGGAUAUUGGCAAAGUUGUCGAAACCUUUGGACAGAAGGAAGCCGAUUUGGAAAAGAUGCCCAUGGUUCCCUCCCCUCCAGGUCUAUCUACGGAGCUUCUACCAUACCAGCGACAAGGCCUUGCGUGGAUGAUCAAUCGAGAAUCUCCUUCCCUCCCAGCCCCGGGUUCCGAUGCAAUCGUUCAACUGUGGAAGCGCGACGGGGCAAAAUUUACCAACAUCGCAACCAACUAUUCCACGGCAACUGAGCCGCCGCUUGCGAGUGGUGGCAUUCUUGCGGAUGACAUGGGCCUUGGCAAAACCAUCCAGAUCAUAUCCUUGAUCAUGGCGAACCCUACUCCUCGGACAUCGGCAUCUAGCAAGACGACCCUCAUUCUUGCCCCAGUCGGUGUUAUGAGCAAUUGGAGAAAUCAAAUUCAAGAUCACACUCAUAGUGAGACUCGGCCGCGAGUCUUGAUCUAUCAUGGUUCCGGUAAAAAAGAAAAGGCCAACCUGGCAGAAUACGACGUGGUGAUCUCAAGCUACGGUGCUCUCGCGAUGGAAUUUGAGCCAAAUGCAAAGAAACCGCCUGCGAAGGGUAUUUUCUCUGUUCACUGGCGCCGUGUGGUUCUAGAUGAGGGUCACACCAUUCGUAACCCUCGCUCUAAGGGCUCUCUUGCGGCCAGUGCCUUGCGAGCUGAUUCUCGCUGGACUUUGACCGGAACGCCAAUCAUCAACACUCUCAAGGACCUCUACUCUCAAGUCCGCUUCCUGCAGAUGUCUGGUGGCCUGGAAGACCUGAGUGUGUUCAAUAGCGUCCUGAUUCGCCCACUUACAAGUGGGGAUCCCGAGGCUCGCUUGCUUCUCGAGGCUCUCAUGGGAACCAUCUGCCUACGCCGAAGAAAAGAUAUGAACUUUAUCAAUUUGCGACUGCCCGAAAUGACCUCACGGGUUCUUCGCGUCAAGUUCCAUCCCCAUGAGCUGGAGAAGUACAGCGCUUUCCAGAAUGAGGCGAAAGGUGCUCUUCUCAAUCUCAAGGACAAAGAGGGCAGCUACUCCACUCUGUUGGAGGUCAUUCUACGCCUUCGCCAAGUCUGUAACCACUGGGCUCUUUGCAAAAACCGCAUUGAUAAGCUCAUGGGAGAUCUUGAGAAACAUAAAGUUGUCCCUCUCACACCCGAGAACAUGAAGGCUCUCCAGGACAUGUUGCAGAUUCAGAUUGAGAGCCAGGAGUCCUGUGCUAUUUGUCUUGAUAACCUUGAACUUCCAGUUAUUACUGCUUGUGCUCAUGCCUUCUGCCGCGGUUGUAUUGAGCAAGUCAUUGAGCGGCAACACAAGUGUCCGCUCUGCCGCGCGGAAAUCAAGGACAAUUCCAGUCUUGUAUCUCCCGCAGUUGAGAUGGGCGAGGACGCCGAGACGGGUGUUGCAGACCCAAAUAACCCGAGUAGCAAGAUCGAAGCGCUCAUGAAGGUUCUCACAGCACAGGGCCAAGCACCUGGCACCAAGACGGUGUUAUUCAGCCAAUGGACCUCUUUCCUCGAUCUCGUCGAGCCCCAUCUGGAACAGCGUGGUAUCAAGUUCGUGCGCAUUGAUGGCAAGAUGCAAUCUGUGAAGCGCGACAAUUCCAUCAACGCCUUCACUCACGAGCCAGAUUGUACUGUUCUACUCGCCAGUCUUAGCGUCUGCAGUGUCGGUCUCAACCUCGUGGCAGCAAAUCAGGUCAUCCUGGCUGAUAGCUGGUGGGCACCUGCCAUUGAAGACCAGGCAGUUGACCGUGUUUAUCGUCUUGGUCAGAAACGUGAGACUACUGUGUGGCGCUUGGUCAUGGUGAACAGUAUUGAAGAGCGUGUGCUCGACAUCCAAGAGCGGAAACGCAAACUCAUGCUUGCUGCGUUCCGUGAGACAGCCAAAAAGAAGGCCGAAAGCACUGCUACUCGGAUUGCCGACUUUGAGACUCUUCUGGGCUAA